GUCUCGCUCUUCACCAUGCAGGAGUCCGAGAAGACGAUGUGUGACCCAGAGCCCCCGGAGAACGCAGAAGCCAUGAGUCCGGACACGCAGGACUCUAAAGGACCGCCGGGGGAAGAGGAGAACCGGGGACCCAUCCCGUCGGCGCCGCCGCUGCCCCAGGAGCAUACUCCGUGUCCGAGGCCCAAACUGGUGUUUCACACACAGCUCGCACACGGGAGCCCCACGGGACGCAUUCACGGCUUCACCAACGUCAAGGAGCUUUACGCCAAGAUCGCAGAGGUCUUCAACAUCUCCGCUUCUGAGAUCCUCUUCUGCACGCUGAACUCGCACAAGGUGGACAUGCAGAAGCUGCUGGGCGGUCAGAUCGGUCUGGAGGACUUCAUCUUCGCGCACGUGCGGGGUGAAACCAAAGAGGUGGAGGUCGUCAAAACCGAGGACGCCCUCGGCUUGACCAUCACCGACAACGGCGCGGGAUUCGCCUUCAUCAAAAGGAUAAAGGAAGGCAGCACCAUCGACCGACUAAAGACGGUGUGUGUCGGCGAUCACAUCGAGGCUGUUAAUGACCAGAGCAUUGUGGGAUGUCGGCAUUAUGAAGUGGCGAAGAUGCUGAAGGAGCAGCUGAGAGGAACACCGUUCACCCUGCGUCUGGUCGAGCCCAAGAAAGCCUUCGAUAUGAUUGGCCAGAGGACGCGGGCACCAAAGUCCAGCGAGGGAAAAAUGGUGAGCGGGAAAGAGACGCUGCGGCUGCGCUCCAAAGGAUCGGCUACGGUGGAGGAAAUCCCCAAUGAGCUCGAAGACAAGGCCAUCGAGAAGAUCGACGACCUGUUGGAGAGCUACAUGGGGAUUCGUGACCCCGAGCUCGCGACUACCAUCGUGGAGGCCGGGAAGAACAAGAAGAGCCCAGAUGAUUUCGCCGAGGCGCUCGACUCUGUUCUGGGCGACUUCGGCUUCCCUGACGUUUUUUUAAUUGAUGUUUGGGAAGCUUUGGAAGACGUGAAGAACUGACGCAUUUAGAGAGAACGUAAGACAUCUGAGAGAAAUUCAGCUUGAUUUGUGACAUCUGUCAUCUGUUUUCAUAUACACAAUCCUCCCAGUUCCCACGCUAAUCCUGAAGACCGAAGGACAUCAUGGUAUUAGCGGCUAAUCAGCACGCUAAUGCAAACAUUCAAGUCUGUAGAGCAGUAUAAAGUAGGUCAAACUGUAUUUCCCACCAAUGUAUAUAGCUAACAAGGGUUUAAAGUGUUUAACAUUAUUAAUUUGACUUUUGGAAGUAUUAUGAUCAAAUGUACGUUAGCUUAGCUUAGCCUAGCUUCUGUUUGUUUUGCCGUCUGUUGUGUUAUUUAUGAAUACAUCGUGUUACAGGUGAAAUGAAUGAUCUUUUACGAUUAAUGACAGAUCAUGUGACACGAUUAGCUUGUGUAUAUAAAAUAAUCAAAUAUUUAAUCAAUUCUAUGCACUCAUUCAAUGUGUAUUUGACUUAAAAAUAUACUACAAAAAUGUACGUACCUGUUGUAGAAGAUAUUUGAAUGUGUGUAAAGAUUAAAAAUAUACCACCAAAGGA